UUUAUCUGGAUUUUCUUAAAAAAGAUUUUGUUUAUUUCAGAAAUUUUUACAAAAUGAAUGGAGAAGGAUUAUCAAAUUGUGAGGCGGAAUUAAAACCAAGUCUAAGCGAUUAUGUAAAACUUCAAACAAAAUAUAUUGAAGAAAAAGAAAAGAGUUUAAAUUUGGAGAAGAAAAUUUUUUAUCUUGAAAAUGGAUUAAAGGAGAAAGAAAAACAAACUUUUCAACAAAUAAUUGAUGAAAAAAUGAAAGAAGUUGAAAAUAAAUCUUUGAAAGAAAAGGAGAAAAAUGAAAAGGAAAUGAAUGAGGUUAAUUGGAUAAAUAAUUAUUUAAAUAAAAUUUUAGAAAUUUCAAAAAAUAAAAUCCGAUAAUGAGCAGAAAGAUGAAAAAAUAAAUUUGUUGGAAAAGGUAAAAAUAUUAAUAAAUUAUUUAAAUAGGUGAGGGAUGUCUCGAAUUGUGAAGGGAUGUCUUGAACGGGCCCCACGCUUGAAAUCCUGUCUAUUUAAAAGAAAAAAAAACUUAUUUCUUUUAAAGAUUUCCAAAUAAAA